GAAUACAACCUUAACCAAACCUAGUCAGAGCCACAGAGCAGGCAGUUUUAAUAGAAUGGCUGCCGCGAGAUUGUUGUAUUAAAGCAGUGUUGUUCUUUUAUUCGCCUUGGGACGGGUUCUCAAAGAAAAUAAACGAUGGAGAGGUUUGAAGGCUACAUCUUUCCUGUUGUUUGCAGCACAAAUUUUUUUAUAUCAUGUUUUCUUUUUUCUAAAAUCACCCUGGAACAGAGAGAGACGUACAUGGACGAAAUCUUUCACGUCCCUCAAGCUCAGAAAUACUGUGAAGGGAAAUUCACCGAGUGGGACCCUAUGAUCACUACGCUGCCUGGUCUGUACCUGCUGACUGUCGGAGUGAUUAAACCGGUCGUGUGGUUGAUGGGUUUGACAGGAACAGCCGUGUGCUCCACUGCCAUGCUGCGCUUCAUCAAUGUACUAUUCAACUGUGGCAACCUCUACGUCCUCUAUCUCCUCAUCUGCAAAAUACACCCCAAAGACAAGUCCCGUGCGACAGGGAGGCGUGUGCUCUCUGCCCUGGCUCUGUCCUCAUUCCCAGUGCUCUACUUCUUCACAUUCCUCUACUACACAGAUGCCGGCUCCACCUUCUUCACUCUCUUCGCCUAUCUCAUGUGUCUGUACAGGUGCCACAAAGCUGCAGCUCUCCUGGGCAUUUGCGCCAUCCUGUUCCGCCAGACUAACAUCAUCUGGGUGGCAUUCUGUGCCGGGACAGUCGUGGCUCAGAAAUUGGAUGAGGCCUGGAGGGUGGAACAGUCCAAAAAGAGGGAUGAGAAAUCGACAUCACAGAUCUCAUUGCAGUUUAGCAGUGUGAUUAGAUUGGUGCACUUUUUACUGAGAUACCUCACUUCACCAAUCAACAUAAAGAAUAUUAUUUUAGCAACUUGGCCUUAUGGUGUAGUUGCUCUGGGUUUUGUUGCAUUUGUGGUGUUAAAUGAUGGGAUUGUGGUUGGGGACAGGACCAGUCAUAAAGCCUGCUUGAACUUCCCUCAGCUGUUUUAUUUCUUUUCUUUCACACUGAUCUUCUCCCUUCCUAUAUCUCUUUGCUAUCACAGGCUCAUCAGGUUUCUGCAGACUCUCCGGAGGCAUCCAUUCCUCUUUCUCCUAAUCACUGCUUUGUCUCUACUUCUAGUCUGGAAGUUCACGUUUGUCCACCAGUACUUAUUAGCAGACAACAGGCAUUUUCCCUUCUAUGUGUGGAAGAGAAUUGUACAGAAGCAUGAGCUGGUUCGCUUCCUCCUCAUUCCUGCGUAUUUGUUUGCAGCAUGGAACUUUAUGGACACCCUGAAUUCCAAGUCGCUGUUUUGGAUCGUCGCGUUUUGCAUGUGUCUGGUGGCAGCCACUGUUCCCCAGAAGCUUCUUGAGUUCCGGUAUUUUAUCCUGCCAUAUCUGCUCUACCGUGUCCACGUCCCUCUUUCCUCUCUCCCCAGACUGAUGCUCGAAUUUGCUCUGUAUUCGACGGUCAAUGCGGCAACGAUCUACAUCUUCAUCCAGAAGACAUUCCAGUGGCCCGAUAGCCCUGCAGUGCAAAGAUUCAUGUGGUGACACGGGACCGCUAUAAUUGUUUCAGUUUUUUUUAUUAAAAAGGGAAAAAAAAAGAUGUGAUAGUUCUUAUUUCUUACUUCCUGCUCUGACCACUUUCUUACUCUUUAUUGAUAUCAGCAACCAUUAUUGGUGUUAUGUUUAAUGUUUACUGUCUUUUGAUUUGUCACUUGUCUGUCAUGUGCAUAUAUUAGUAUCUCAUUUGCUAAGUUAAACGUUCAACAUGGAGCUGGGUGAUAAUUAAAAUCCCCGAGGACGCAGACAUCUGGAGAAAUGUUGUCAUUGAACUAACAUUCACCCUUCAAGGAUAAUGUCUGGGCCUUGUUGUUUUUAGGUCUUUUUCUUGCAGCAAGUCUGUGGGUAGAAAAGGAAAUAUAAAAAAGACAGCAUUUCGACUGAACUAUCUGCAUAGAAUAUUUUCUGAAUUUUUUACUUAUGUUUGAACACAACUAAACGUUCCCUACAUUAUUUUUAUUUUCAUUACAUAUACAUCGCCCAGCUCUAGUUGACUUUAAAAUGGUUUAAUCCCAUUGCAUCAGGUUGAUGUCUCUACAUUAAAGAUUAGACUUCAACCUUGAGCCAUGUGUCUGUAGAUAAAUGAUAGCAAUCACUUUAGUCUUUGUAUUAGUUCCUGUAUGUUUUUCAUGUCAUUUAAAUUGCCUUUAUUUAUAAAAGGUACAUGUUUUCUGUUAUCGCCUUGCUGGAGUUUAAAUCCAGUCUUCGGAUGCAAUAAAUAUACCGAUUGUGUAUUA